AUGAUUGUGUCGGCUAAAAAGCCCAAGAGACGGUGCUGCUCCCGUUGUCUCCCCUUGGCUUGUUUGCUACUGAUACUGUUGCUGGUCUCUUUCUGGACUCUGCCAAUACUGUUUCCACUUGACGAAGACCUUGUUGUACCAUCCAAUAAUGGAGUUGUCGAGACGAACAGUAUCCUCCAAAUUUCAGCCCCGCCACCAGCUGAAAAAGUCACUGCCGGUGAAGAACUGAAGAGUCUGAUUGAUGCCAGAAGUGCCGAAAUCGAACAAACCAAGCGAUUACCAGGCAACUAUCCUCCCUUAUCCUCUCUGGUUGUGGCUACACAUCGACAGCAGCAAGAAGGAGAAGACAAAUCCAAAGUGUCAUUGAAAGUGAUUGGAGAUGUGCAGUUUCUCUUGGACUAUGCCAUUGUCGGAUUUUCCAAAUGCGGCACGACUACACUGCUGAAAUGGAUCAGAAGAGACAACAAUGUACGGACCUUUAAACGAGAGAUUCAUGAAAUUGUCAAUGACAAUCCUGGAAGACUCGUAGAACGACUGUAUCUGAACCUACUCGACAAUCCCUUCAAUACUACAAGCACUGCUUCCAAGCCAUUUCUACAGGGAUUCAAAAAUCCAGAAAUACUACAGGUCCCAAUGGCGCUCCGACAUGUCGACACGUAUUGGCCCGAAACCAAAUUGAUCAUUUCCGUGCGCAAUCCACUCAAAUGGUUUCGCAGUUUCUACAACUUUCGCUUGACCAUUGGGCAUUUGAAACAGGUGGGGACCGACCCCACUGCACUGAUUGGACAUUGUGGCAGAGGCAACAACCAGAUUCUCUGCACCCACAUGGGCGCCUUUCAUGUCAAACUCUUUCGCUUGGGCAAGACAGACAUGUCAUCCAAAGAAGAGCUGGACUUGAUCCAACCCUAUUUGGCUCCUCCUGGUGAUGACGGCAGCAGGGACCAAGAUAUCUGGGAUCAUAUCCAUCAAAAGGUUUCUACCGCGACUUCAAUCCCAAAAAUGAAAAACAAAGUCUUCUUUCUAGACCUUCGACAAUUAUCCGAUUCCAACCGCACCCGUUCCAAAAUCUUUCGUCGCGACUUGGAAAAGUUUUUGGGUUUGCGCCACGAACUAACUCCAGUCUUUCGCGCUCGACCUUUCAAACAAUUGGAAUUGACACUGGAUGAAGAAUCCAAACGACACAAAAUACAGAGUAUCUGCGAUCCCCAGUAUCUACCCUUGCAACAGGAACUCUUUCCCAUGGCACAAAAGGCAUCGCUUUGGAUUCGCAACUUCUUUUUGAAGAGCCCGGAUGUCGUCGUUUCCUCGCCGGAUCAUCUCGAGGAAUUAUUAGAGACAUGGAUGCACAAUCCAUGUGACGACAACCAACAAGAAAAAGAAGAUGCUUCCGAGAUUGCCGAGUAG